UUCCAUGAUGCCUAUAUGAAGUAUAAGGAUCACCGCGCUUUUGGAAUGUAUACACUUUUUAAACCAAAUUUGGUAGUUGCCGAUCCUGAUCUCAUUCGAGCGGUGUUAACAAAAGAAUUUAGAAGCUUCCAUGAUCGCGGAAUGUAUAAUAACGAAAAGACUGACCCGUUUUCCGGUGGUUUGUUUUUUAUGUCUGAAGAAAAGAAAUGGCGGAAUAUGCACAUUCAGAUGACACCCAUUUUUACUUCAGGAAAAAUAAAACAAAUGUUUCCGAUCCUGAAGAAAUGUAGCGAACAAGUCGUAAAGUAUCUGGAAAAGAAAGCACAGAUAAGAGAUUCCGUUGAAAUGAAAGAUAUGUUUGCAAGAUAUGCAAUGGACGUGAUUAUGUCAGUAGCUUUCGGUGUUAAAUCUAACUGCAUUGAGGAGCCAAAUAACGAGUACCGAAUCCAGGGGAAAAAAAUUUUAGACGGAAAUACAUUUUGGAUUGCCUUAUUUUUGUUUGUGCCUCAAAUUAUGGAUUACUUUUCCAUCCCCCUUACGGACAGAAAAGUCACCAGCUUUUAUACAAAUAUAUUUCGAAAAACUGUAGAAUACAGGCAAACUCAUAAUAUUGUCAGACAUGAUUUUAUGAAUAUGCUCAUACAACUCAUGAAGGGCUACACUGCAGACAACGACAAGAACAAAUCAUGUUAAUACAACAAUUUAUGUUUAUUCUUGUAUCAGUAGCUUCUGUAAAGCUUCUUCACGUGUCAUAAAAAUGUAGACAUAUGUUACACCGAAUUGCGAUUUUGCAAACCAAAUAGUUA